UCCCAGUGCGGCGGUGGUGAUGGGGCCGCUGUAGAUAAGAGGGGCUGGAUGCAUCAGUUCACAUAUCGACCGCUUUGCUUCCGCAAUAAUGGCAACUCCACAUAUGCAUCCUCGGCGUUAUGGUGGAUUUAAAGAUGAUCUAACGCUUUUGAGAUAUCACUGAGGGAGUUUAUUGAGGUGGCAGCGAGAAACGAGGGGAAUACUCCACCCAUGACAUCAUCGACUUUUUCAAGUUCAUUUUCUCCCCCAGCUGGUGCUUUCAUCUGUUGCAUUUAAUUUGGGAAGCAGUGGGUGCAUUUCAGAGUUGAGGAAAGAGGCCUGCCAUUACAGAGACUCUAUCACAGCAGUGAAUUCCCAGUCAGCCAUGAUGUCAGUGCAAACUCCUCCACUCUCCCGCUCUGGCUCCUCCCCCUCUAAUGUGGGUAUGGCCAAUCGCAGCGGCCCCUCCUCCGCCCCUCCCACCUCCCUCAGCCUUCGCUCAUCAUACAACCAGUUGCUUGGGCGAGAUGUCAUCAAGGAGUCCAUGGAAACUGGAAGUUCGGCCACCUUGCCAAAGAGCCGUCAGAGGUACGCAAUGACCAGCGUGCGAAGCGCCAUGGGGAUAAGUGACAACUUGGCUUUGUCCUCUAAAAUCCAACCUGUAACCAGAGGGAGGGGUCUCCCCACCAAGUCCUCCUCCAGUUCUGCCCUCUAUUCCUCAUCGUCCUCUUCGCUGUUUAAUACAACCAACCCCAAACUGGCCAAGAAUGGGGCCAACAUGCAGAGACGAGCUGAGAGUCAGCAGCAGGAGCUGAGCAGGGCCAAUACAGAGGGCAAAAUUCACAAUGAUCUCAUCAAUAACCCCAGUUCUGACUGGCUAGAAUUGGGAAAAGACAACUCACAGCUUCCCCCGUUCCGUAGAAGGACCAAGAGCUUCUUGGAGUAUCAUGGGAAGGGCUGGGAUCUGGACCUCAGUUGGGGAAACAAAGAGGACAAGGAGGAGAAGAAGCAGCAGCCUCCCUCAGAGAAGGAGCAGGCCAGCCCCUCCAAGGAGAGGGAGAGCCUGAAGGAGGAGAAGCCCAGCAACAAGCAGGCCUGCCAGGAAGAGAAAGAAGAGGUGGGUUCAGUGGUGGAGGAGGAGGAGGAGGAGGAGGAAGAAGAGGAAGAUGACCCCACACCCACACCAAGGCAGGCCCUGCUACCUGUGGUGUUGGAAGCCCCGCUUUCCCCCACGUCCUCCUCCUCUACCAACAGCCCAGAGUGGGUCCCAGACAACCAGGCUCCAGCCCAGGUGAGGGAGGAGCUCUGUGUCCAGGUUCAGGCUAGUCCACGCAGUCCUGCAAAGCCUCCUCGGAGCUCCCAGCCCCGGGUGAUCAAGGUCGAGCUGCACCCCAACAAUGAGAACCAGUUCCUGCAACAGUACCCGCCUUCUUCCCCUAAACAGGCCCGGGCUGCAGAGAGGAACACCCCUACCAGGAUCCGGGGGCCCCCUGCCCUGCCAGAUCCUGAACCAGAGACUGGGCUCCCUAAAGUGGGCUUAAGAAUGGAUCUGACUCCUGAAACUCCAUCAGAGGAUGAAGACUCCAGCUGGACCACUCUGUCCCAGGAGACGCCCUCUCCUCAGACUCCACGAGAGACAGCGGAUGUAUGGAGUGAGGGGAACCUGCCUCCAGGCUGGCGGGAGAUCUCAGACUCAUCAGAGAUCUAUUUCUGGCACAUCCCCACUGGCACCACACAGUACCACCGACCGGUUGCCUCCGGAAAUCAGCCCACCUCUCCCGACACUGAGCACGGCCCAACACAGGAAACACAGGACUCCCUCAAGCCACCCAACGAGCGCCCCAGCAGUCUGAUAUCUGACAGCUCAGUGGAGCCGGUCCCCUCCCCCUCUGGCUCCUCCCCCUCCCCCUCCUCCUCCACCCCUUACGAUGAUGUCACCUCUUCUGGACCAAAUCGCAACACCACCACCUGCGCAGCCAGCGAGCUGAAGGACUAUCCAGUCUAUCCAGAUCCCAGUCUGAAGGCUUUUGAAGGGGCUACCCUUCGCUAUGCUUCACUUAAUCUCAACGCCCCAGCCCAGCUAGAGAUAGUGGACCUCAACAAUACCUUCUCCGAUCCAGAGGCAUUGUCAUUUCCAGUGCGAUCUCUGGGCUGGGUGGAGAUGGCAGAACAGGACCUGUGUGAGGGGAGGAGCAGUGUGGCCGUCCACCACUGUAUCAGACAGCUGUCCUACUGCAGGAGGGACAUACGAGACUCAGCCGGUGUCUGGGGAGAGGGUAAAGGGAUGCUGCUGGUGCUACAAGACCGCAUGUUGACCCUGGUUGACCCAGAUGAUCGCAGCCUACUCCACUCUCAGCCAAUCAGUAGCAUCCGUGUCUGGGGCGUCGGUCGAGACCACGACAGAGAAAGGGACUUUGCCUACGUGGCGAGAGACAAAAAUACGCGGGUGCUGAAGUGCCACGUGUUCCGAUGUGAUACUCCUGCCGCAGCCAUCGCCACAAGUCUUCACGAAAUCUGCUCCAAGAUUAUGGCUGAAAGGAAAAGUGCCAAGGCUGCAGCUGGCAGCUCCUCCCAGACCGGCUCCGAUGUACCUUUACAAGAGUUUCCCUUGCCAAAGACUGAGUUGGUGCAGAAGUUUCAUGUGCUGUAUAUGGGUAUGACGUCUGUGUCUCGCCCCAUAGGUAUGGACAUCAUAAAUGGGGCCGUAGAAGGCCUCCUGUCCUCUACAGGCAAAGAGGACUGGACUCCUGUCAUAUUGAGUAUUGCUGACACAACGCUGGCUGUCAUCAAAGAAAAGGAAGAGGAAGAGGAGGUGUUGGUGGAGUGUCGAGUCCGUUUCUUGUCCUUCAUGGGCGUGGGACGAGAUGUGCACUCAUUUGCCUUCGUUAUGGACACUGGGAGCCAGCAUUUCCAGUGCCAUGUUUUCUGGUGCGAACCCAACGCAGGCCAUGUGUCUGAGGCUGUGCAGGCAGCAUGCGUGCUACGGUACCAGAAGUGUCUGGUGGCUCGGCCGCCCUCCCAACGCGCUGGCUCCUCAUCUUCGCCCUCUGCGGACUCGGUGACCCGCCGGGUGACCACCAGCGUGAAACGUGGCGUCCUGUCUCUUAUAGACACUCUGAAACCCAAGAAACAGCCGUCGGAACUCCCCCAGCAAUGACCGCCACCGGUGACCACAGCACUCCUCGGGCCGACGCCUGGACGCCACUCACACACUAUCGCCACGACAACACCUAAUCAGUACCAGCCAUGGUAACCAAAUGAUGUACAUAUAUGUUAACGAACACCAACGCAGUUGAAGGAAAGCAGUACUCCAGUACUCCUGAUGAUAAAAAAAUAAAUAAAAAAUGACAAGAAAGCUCCUGUUUGAUGAGGAGGAAUGGGAAAGCUGGUGUCAUUGGUUGACCUUUGAACUCUGCUGUGUCCAAGUGUAAGCCACCUGCUGGCUUCAUUGGCCUUACUUCAUUGGAUGACUUAAUCAACCACUCGACAGGAAACAGGACAAGAAAAAGAUCAACUUUCUAUUAACAGACGCUUUAUGGAACCAUCGCUUUACUUUGUUUUCUUUCAUGUUCUGUCCCUUCCUGUAAAAACAGUCCUCAGCACAGUAAGAGCUCCCGGGCUGGACGCCUGAGACACCAAACUACAGGAGCCUUCCAGGACAGAAAAGGUUUCGACUUCCUCCGGUCCCAGGAUUUUAACAAGUGAAUAAGAAAAUAAAUCAAGACCAGACAGACCUGCCAACACGUUCCCUUCCACAAAAUGGCAUAAAAAUAUUUUAAUCCCUUCGAUGUGCGUCAGACCUGAAACAAACAAAAGCAUCUCCUUCGAGGAUGAAUGAAGUGAUUGUAAUAAUGAAGUGUAUGUAAAUGAUUGUAUGUAGGAAGAGAGCAUUUAGGGCACAAAACUUGUAGAUAUGAGGGAGAGAUGAGAUGUUAAUGACAGAAGAUGAGACAAAUGUGGGUUUUGAUUUUGCAUGUUUUCUUGAUGGGAUAUGUUUUAUGUUGAUGAGUUGAAAAGGGUCUCGGUAAGAAGAGUGGUAAACACGCGAGAAAUAGAUGCUCUUAGCACAAGUCAUCUCCACUUGACCAUGACUGGAUUUACAUUGGCACAAAAGAAUCUGGUCUAUUUCUGACCUGAAUAAAAAGGUUACUCUCUGCCCAAUUUACAGAAUCACGAUUAAGGAUUGUAAGUCAACAAAUUGUACUUUCCAUUCCUUGAUGGAUGAGUAGAUCAGCAAAAGAAAGGGAACCGUUUUAAUGUAUUUUGAAGCUUUUAAUUAGUUACAAUUGUAUCAUCCACUAUAGAGAAAGGGAGUUUUUUUAAAAGCUCAAGAAUGUUACAUUGUUCAUGUUCAAACUUAACAAUUUCCUCAGGAAUCUUUACGCAUACACCCAAGAUUUAUGUAGUAGCAAGAAAAUACAGAUCCAGGCUUUGACUUUGGCAGAUGUGAAGCGCUCGUGGUUAUAUGAACAGUGGUACACAAUAGAGUUUGUCCUGCUUGGACAGCAUUGAAAAGAUGACAUCUGUACCAUACUGUAAGGGUUAACUAUAGUUUCCCUUCCUCGGUAAAUCCAGCCAGUCUACUCCCACUCACAAAAAAAACACACAAACACACACACA